GGGCGUGGCCUUGAGGAGUCCCGCCCUGUCCCGCUUAGACAAUGCCCGGGAGCCGCCAGACCGUCGCGCCCCCGCCCCACCGUAGUAUUUGAGCUCAUCUGCGCAGGGACCCCUCAAAGCCAGAGCUCCAAUCUCCGAGGCUUGAAGACUAGGACUAUCUUCAUCAACUCUGUCCUCGGUGGGGGGAGGGAUCCAGCCGACAUUCAGAGCGGCAGGAGUGGGGGUAGCAGCUGGAGACAGGUGAAAUAAAAAGAAACUAAGAAGUCAGCGCGACUGGAGGGGUCGUCCGUGUGGAUGGGAUGGGGACAACGGGGGAGGGGCUGGGCCGCUGCUCCCAUGCCCUGAUCCGGGGGGUCCCGGAGAGCCUGGCGUCGGGAGAGGGUGCAGGGGCUGGCCUUCCGGCUCUGGACCUGGCCAAAGCUCAGAGGGAGCACGGGGUGCUGGGGGGUAAACUGAGGCAGCGAUUGGGGCUGCAGCUGCUAGAACUGCCUCCUGAAGAGUCAUUGCCGCUGGGACCGCUGCUCGGUGACACCGCUGUGAUCCAAGGCGACACAGCCCUAAUCACGCGGCCCUGGAGCCCCGCUCGCAGGCCGGAGGUGGAUGGAGUCCGCAAAGCCCUCCAGGACCUGGGGCUCCGAAUUGUGGAGAUGGAGGAUGAGAACGCAACGCUGGAUGGCACCGAUGUUCUCUUCACUGGCCGGGAGUUUUUCGUAGGCCUCUCCAAGUGGACUAAUCACCGAGGAGCUGAGAUAGUGGCAGACACUUUCCGAGACUUUGCAGUCUCCACAGUGCCUGUCGGGAGCCCUUCCCAUCUGCGAGGCCUCUGCGGCAUGGGGGGACCCCGGACUGUAGUGGCAGGUAGCAGUGAGGCUGCUCAAAAGGCUGUCAGGGCAAUGGCGGUGUUGACGGACCAUCCCUAUGCUUCCCUGACCCUCCCAGAUGAUGCAGCUGCUGAUUGUCUCUUUCUGCGUCCGGGGUUGCCUGGUGUGCCCCCUUUCCUCCUACACCGUGGAGGCGGAGACCUGCCUAACAGCCAGGAGGCACUGCAGAAGCUCUCUGACGUCACCCUGGUACCUGUGUCCUGUUCAGAACUGGAGAAGGCCGGUGCUGGGCUCAGUUCCCUCUGCCUGGUGCUCAGCACACGCCACCACAGCUGAAGGCCUAGCCUUAGAGUCCUAGUGGGCUAGGGUAGGACAGCAUAGGGAGUAGAAAGGGAAGGAGGGUUAGACAGAGGAUGAUGAAUAGUAGCGGGAAGAGGGCACUCCAAGAUAGGGGGAGGGCAUAGUGUGGGGAAAAAGGAUAGAGAUCACUGGGUGAGUCCUCUCUCUCAGAACUAAUAAAAUAGAACUGACCUUUUAGACUA